AUGGCGCGGCAGGCCGCAACGACCAUUGACGAUCUUCCAGACCAAAUCCUUGGCCACAUCAUGGAGCUGGCUGGGCUGGAUCACGGGCGCAUCGUCCGCCUGGUCAGCAAGCGUUGGCAGCGAGUAGUAUUGUCGGAGCCGGCUUUCUGGCGCACAUUCCGCCUGACGACGGGGCGGCAGGGCCAGCCCAUCAGCCAACAGCAGGCCUGGCUGCUCGGCAAAUUGCGGCAGCUUUCGCUGGUGACAGACUGGGUGAAGGAGUUUGUGGUGCCCGACUGGGGAGGGCUGGAGGCGGCAGCAGCCGCCGGCGGCCUCCACCUCAGCAACUUCCUGCAGGCAUGUCAACUUGCAAUGCUGAACCGUGGGGUGGUGGUAGAGAUGGACCUGGCCUCUGCCGGGGUGGUGCCUGAAGCAGUGCUGCGGCAGCUGCCUGACUUCCCCAUGCUGGAGACCCUCAAGCUGCGGAGUUCCACCCUGCUGCCGCUCGCCACAGCCGGCGUGGUCGGCCGCCUGAUGCAGCUGCGCUGCUUCCGCUGCCACGCGGGCGUGCUGUUGUCGGCUGAGCUGGCUGACAGCGUGCACACGCUGUCGCGGCUGACUCGGUUGGAACUGACGGCGGCGGUGGUGGCCCCCACAACGCUGCAGCAGCUCACGUGCCUGGCGCAGCUCAGCCACUUUGGCCUGAGGCAGACCGCCCAGUCAUCAGCCAGGAUCCCAGCAGAGCUGCCACUGGAGCUGCCGCUGCCCACCGCCUUCCCUUCCCUGGCCAGCUUUGACCUAUAUGCAGCUCGCGGCAUACAAAUGGGCGAUGCCCAGCUGCGUGGCUGCAACUUUGCUGUGGGCCAGCACCCCAGCAUCCCUGGCAGACAGAUCGGCGUGCUGUGCAUCGGCGGCAUCUCAACCAUGUCAUCCCUGCAGGGCCUGCUCGCUGCCUUGCUACCCGCCGGCAAGCCCUUUUCGUACUUGGAGUUGGAGCAUUGCCAGCUGGCGCCCGCCGCGCUGCGCGACUGCCGCCUGCUGGCAGAGCUGCCCGCGCUACACUUCAACAGCUGCAGCAGCGGUGGCAGCGUCGCUGCCGCGCUGGACCCGCUGCUGCAGCAGGCGGGCAAGCUGGAGACGCUCAGCCUCACCGGCAGCCUGGGCGCCCUGUCCUUCCCUGUUUCGUUGAAGACUAAGACCGGCCUCAAGAAGCUGCGAUUCCGGCAGAACCGGCUGGAAGACAUACCGGCUGGGGUGUACCUGAAGAGCCUGGAGCUGCUUGACAUUGGCGGCGAGAACCUGAGCCACGGCAUCCUGCCGCCCGCGCUGGUGGCGGCCACCUCGCUGUCGGAGCUAGUGCUGAGCAGCAGCUCCAAGAUUAAGGUCAAGCGCGACGACAUCGACAAUGUGCUGGCGGAGAUGCCUUCUCUCAGGCGCCUGGUGGUUGGCUCUGCCACCAUGACUGCAGUGGUGGCGCAGUACAUCCAGAAGGCCAUGCCGCACCUGCAAGUCAAGCGGAGCUGA